UUUGGAGCCGAAAACCAACACCACUACUCGUGUACUAUAGUAUACCAUCACUGAAAACAGCUCGAAAACUAAUGAUCAAAUGGUUGUUCAUGCUUUAACGUUAUAUUUGUUAAAAGCAACUAUUUUAAUAGCAAAACUUAACCAACUGAAAAAUAAUUCAAAAAUCAGAGAAAAAACGUUGACUGGCUCUGAUACAAUCAUUCAUAGAGUUAAACACCUAUUGCAGCAAAAUUAUUAUUCACAUAACUGAUUGAAACAUGCUCGAUACUAGUGAAGAAAAUUUUGAGAGAAUAGAUGGCGAGGAUAGUUCGGAUGGAGCAGAGCAAAACAAUCAAGACAUUUUUGAAAACACCACCAGGAAGAAUCUGCCAGCUGAAAAGAUUCCGAACGCAAAAGAAUCGCGUCCAGGCCAGAGCACAAAACUACUUCGCUACAAAGAAGACGACGACAACGACCCAAGUGCGGUUCUACAACAGCAGAACAGCCAAUUGAGUACCAGUCUCGCCGAGCGCACAUGGAAACACCCCAAGUUCUCGAAAGUAACCCAUACAAUCAUUCUUUACUGUGUUAUGCUUGGCAUGGGAUCCAUGCAUACUGUUGUUGGUCCUACACUCUUGGAUCUAGCAUUCAAGUUAGACGCUACUGUCGGCGAAAUCUCUAUUAUUUAUACUUUCCAGGGUUUUGGUUUCAUGGUCGGAACCAUUGUCGGAGGUCUUUUAAUAGAUUAUAUCCCUAAGAUGGUCUUUCUAAUUGUGGUCACAAUUCUGACUUCCUUGGUCACCAUUUCGAUUCCACAUUGGCCUACAGUUUGGGCCAUGUGUAUAUGCUUCUUCCUUCGAGGCACCAGUAUCCGUGCACUGGAAAUCGGCUGCAACGUCACCCUGCUUGACCUUUGGGGCGUCAAGAGUUCGCGACCUAUGCAGGGUCUUCAUUUCUUCAUGGCUAUUGGCUGUGCAAUAGGACCACUUAUCGUCCAGCCAUUUUUGGGCGAGGCCGUGGAAACCCCAAUUAACCCAGACUCGGUCGCUUCAAACACAACAACUUUGUUGCCUAGUAACGCCUCGGCUUUCACAACAAUGGCUCCUCUAAACGACAUCUCGCGAUUUAAAAGACAUGCCCCGAACACGCAAUUCGUCAACGAUCUACAAUCUUCUGAAAUUGAGCUUGCUUACAUGGUUAUUGGGAUUUACCUGUUUUCAAUUGCAGUCCUUGCCUUGAUUGCGUUCCUUGCGUCUCCAAAGCCACCAUCAAUGGCACAGCAAGAAGAGCAGGAAACCGAGUGCCUGGAAAUGAGCAACAAAAUGAAACGAAAGGACUUGUACUUCAAAAUAAAAUUCAUUAUCAUUGGAACCUUCAUUCUAUUUUUGUACUUCGGAUCAAUUCUUUCUUUUGACAGUUACCUUACAACCUUCUGUGUCGAAUCUAAACUCAGAAUGUCGCAAUCAAGAGGAGCUCUUUUGAGCACCGUUUUCUGGAGCGCGUUUAUCAUCGCAAGACUAAUUGCAUGUUUCUACGCAGGAGCUAUUAGCGACCUUAAAAUAAUUAUCGUCGACUUGGUGGGAAUUGUUCUAAGUGCACUGCCAAUGAGUUUCUUUGUCGAAUACCAUGAAUGGGUUAUAUGGCUGAGCAUAAUCGUGUAUGGCUUUUUCAUGGCCUCCCUGGGACCCGCUGCCAUUUCGUAUACUAACAUGUACAUAGACGUCUCGGGUAAAAUCGCAGCAAUUUACAUGCUCGGAGCCGCAGUCGGUGAAACAGUCGCCCCAUUCGUAAUCGGGAAACUAUUCGAAUUAGAACCAAUGGUUCUAAUGUAUACAGUCACAAUUAUAAGUGUAAUGUUGAUACCACUGACUGUUUUGUGUGUGAAAAUAGCGCACAAAAGAGGAAAGAAAUUGAACCCCGUACCAAGUCCGAGUCCAGUCGCUGCUCCAAUGAUUAAACGGAAAAGUUUGAUACCUUCAGAAACUAAAAGCCAUGAUGGAAACGACAGCUAUAUGAAAUAA